AUGGCCAUUACUCGGCGUCUGCCUGCAGCACCGCAGUCGACGGUGCUCUUGCUCGCGCUUUCGCUGGUCGUAGCCAGUUUCUUGCAUGUAACUUCAGGUCACCCUGCUUUGCGGGAAGAUGAUAACGACGCCACCCGCCGUCUGAGCGGCGGUGGAGGCGACAAGAACAAAACCGUGCCGUUUAACUCCUGGAGCAACGCCAUCGACACGCUCCAAUACGUGCUGGCCUUCGUGGUCGUGCUGGUCGCGGCACACCCGCUUGGCCUUUUCUUCCCCAAAUUGUUCAAGCUCCCGCUUAUUACGGGCUACCUGGUCAUUGGUGUCAUUGCUGGCCCGUUCGUCAGCAACCUAUUGAGCGAGGAUCUAGUAAAAAUGCUCUCGAACUAUGUCAGUGCAUUGGCACUGUCGUUCAUCUCGUUCCAGGCAGGUCAGGAGAUCUACCUCCCGGAACUUCGUCCGCAACUCAAGCCGAUCAUGAUUCUUCUCGGUGUGUUGUACUGCACGGCCAUGGUGAUUCUAUCGGCCGGUGUGUUGAUUAUGGAGAGCGCCUUCUUCUACGAUGAUAUGGGCUUGGCUUGCCAAUUGGGCAUCGCUCUCAUGUUCGGCUCCAUCUCCGUGUUGGGUUCUCCGGCCACUGUCAUGGCCAUCAAGAUCGAGUUGAACAGUGUCGGUCCAUUCACGAGUUUGAUGCUGGGAGCUACCAUGACCGCCGAGUUCAUUGUGCUCAUUUCGUUCUCGAUUUCUCGUAUCGUGACCUCCAUCUACUGCGCCAAACUGGACGUGUCGAUGCUCAACUUGAUGUAUACUAUGACCAUCGUUUUGUCCAACAUCUUCGUGGGUGUUCUACUAGCGGGUGUGACUCUCCUCAUUUUCAAGAUUCCAGGCGGGGAGCAGCACCACGACGACCACGGCGCUGACCACGGAGCUGCGUUGCCGAACACCACGUCGUACACUGAUCAGAAGACCAACGAGAAGGUUGAACCGACCAACCCGGACAUGGAGCCGCACCCGCAUAACGGAGCUGACCGAGAGUGCUCAAUCGACGAACUGAACCACCCUCCUUCUGAUUGCUGCUUGUCUCCUAAGGCUGUGUUAUCGCUUAAGGGCUUCAUUUGGCUGUCCAUGGGUUACAUGUUCUACAUCUCCAGCAGUCUCGUAGCCGAAGCCACCGCCGCAGCCUUCGGGUUGUCGUGGGAGAUCAAGUUUGAAGCAUUGCUUGUGCUUAUGAUCGCGUCGUGUAUCGCCGGCCACCACACGGGCAUCCGUCACGACAUGCACGUCAUCCUGGACACGGUCGCACCGUACAUGUUCCUACCGUUCUUCGUCAUGACCGGUGCAGCACUGAAGCUGGACCAGGUCGUGGCUGCCAUUCCGCUUAUGAGUCUGUACGUGAUUCUCCGCUAUGUGGCGAUCUUCAUCGCCUGCUACUUCGGUGGUCGCUACAUCCUCAAGCUGACGCCCAGGCAGUACAACAACCUGUGGCUUACGAUGACGCCUCAAGCUGGUGUGGCUCUGGGUCUGGCUAACGAGGUGCAGGCUAUGAGUGAUGAAUCGUGGGCUGCUGAGUUCUCAGCCACGAUCGUGGCCGCUGUGGUGGUGAACCAGAUCAUUGGUCCGGUCUUGUGUGCCAUGGGCUUGAGUCGAGCCGGUGAGACGUUGCAGGACCGUAUGAUGGAGGCGGACGCAGCGCCCAAGGACGUCGACAGCGUCGACAAGAACAUGCACGGCGGUGGCUUUAGCAGCAGCACGUAUGGUGGACGCUUCAGCAACAUCCACGGCGGUGGCGUGAGUCAGUUCGAAAUCAGUCGACGCCUGUCCAGUCCUGCUGUGACGCUGGGCAACGGAGACCCUCGCUCGCUACUGCCGUUCUACAAGGUACAGAACGCAGUUGUGAUCGGAGACGACGAGAUCGCCUUCGAGGUCGCACUCGAACUCUCGCUCUACGGUGCACAAGUCAACGUUCCUCUGCUGGACGAAGAACGCACCAGCAAAUGGCAGAAGAUGAACGAGACGAUCCUACAGCGUACAGCUAAGGGAGACCUCAUCUCGUACAAGAACACUCUUAAGGACCGUGACAACGCACAGGCCAUGUCUUCUGCCGACGUGUUGAUCUUCACGGGUGACGCUAACCGUACGCGCGAGAACGUGCAUCUCCUCAAGUCUUUAUUAGGUGCUUCUCACCCUCGGAUGAUCGCACUGGUACCGGACUGCAAGUUCAGUAAGGAGAUGAAGGCCCAAGGUGUGCUGGUGAUCCAGCCAUCUAUCGCUCUGGCCAAUAUCGCAACUCGUAUGGCUUUGUUGGACCAGAAAUUGGCUGAGGCUCUAUCGAAUGAGAUCAGUACGACAAGUGACUUCAGUACGGCGUCGUACUUCCUACGUGCGGACGGCGGCGACUUGGCGGACAUGCGGCUGGAAGGCCGUCGUCUGGCACUGGGCCGCAACGUGGUGAACCACCACUCAGUGGACUACGACCGCCUGGCAGAGGCGCUUCACUCUGAGAACUUGCCGAUGCCUCCGCCUCCGUCACGUGUUGCCAUGUUCGGUACGUCGUCCGCUGCUGGCUUCGACCCGUUCCAGCGUGACAGGAACAACUCGGAGUUUUUCGUCAUGCACGACGAGCAUGAAGAUACCGAGGAGAUCGUUAUGGACGCCCAGUACGGACCGUAUUCGUCGCGUGGCAACCCUCGACUGAGUCUCCAGCGAUCAUCUAUCCUUGGAGCGAGUCGCGUUCAACGUGGUGGCGGCCGAGGAAGACGCACACCCGGACGCACCAAAUCCGGGUACUAA